UGUAACGGGAACUGGGGCACCAGCGCGGCAUUGUGGGAGCUCUUAAAGCAGCCGCCGCCAAGCACAGCCCCAGCCCCGUCCCCCGACAUCCCCGGGGGCUGCCCGCCCGGCGCCCCACAGGGAGGGAGAUGUCCCCGCAAGGGGGGGAAGAGGGUUGGAAGUGCCUGAGUGCAGCACACGGGCAUGUAUGUGUGUGUGUGUGUGUGUGUGUAGUAUCCUCCCCCCUGAGAGGGUUUAAAACCUGGCCUGAAGGAGAACCCCUAAAAAGAGACUCUCCCGUGCCAGCCCCCCAGACCAGGGGUGUGACACUCAGGGAUGCGCUGCCUCUGCCCUCCCAACGCUUCUGGGAGUCCGCCGUCUGCAUCAGCACCAGCCGGGCGAGGAGCCGGGAGGAAGGAAGGAAGGAGGCGAGCGUGCGAUUUCCCAUGGGAGAUAACAGAUUGACCUGUCAUCUGGGGCUCACCAUUUAAAAGAUGGGAUGGCUGCCAUUUCUGGCAUAUAUGUAAAGAAGGAGAUGCCUGCACCUCAGGAACAACUAGAAGUGAGCAAUUGUGGCGACAUGAGAACUGAAAUCAUCGGAUACAAGAAUCCUCAAAUGGAAACCAGAUCCAAAAGCAGACAGGAGGAGCUGGAUACCAUACUCCUGAAGAAAGACGAGGACUUAAAGAAUUUAAAACUUCUCAUGGCCCAGAAGGAAAUAGAUUUGCAAGAGCUGAAAACCCAAAGGACAUUAUCCUCAGUACAGCUGGAUCUAGCCAUGAAAGAGCUUGAGGAGCUAAAUAAAAACAUCCUGAUGUCUCAAAGAAAGUAUGAAGAGGAAUUUUCCCAGCGACUGAAAUUACAGGACCAGAUACUGCAACUCAAACACCAGCUGGAGCAUCAAAAAGAAAAUUGUUUACAGGAAUCCAAACAGAUGAGACAGAGGCUUGCGUGGUCAGAAGUUCUCAUACUCCAACUAGAAGGAAAACUCCAUGAAUUGAGCAAUGGGGACUCAGAUUCAAUGGCAAAAGUUCAGAAAAUUCGAGAUGCCAAUGAAGCAGAGGUGAAACAAAUCCAAGAGGAAACUGCAACAGCCUACCAUCGAAAUUUUCUGGAGUUACAAAUAAGGUUGCACACUGAUCGAGUCAUGCUGGGGAAAAUGCAAGAGGAGAACCAGCGCCUGAACCAGCGAGUUGAUAUGGUGACAGCUGAAGUCAUGGCAUUACAGAAGAAGCUCCUCUCUGAAGAGGCCAACAACAGUGCAUUCAUUGAAAAGCUGCAGGCGGAACACAGGGGGAGACAACAGCACAUUGGGGCCCUGGAGGCCAGGCUAGAGGAAUUACAAGAUCUUCUUCUAGCCAAGAUGAAAGCACUGGAGGCUGUUGAGGAGAAAAAUCUUUUCCUGCAAAAUGAGAUCAGUUCACUUAAAAGCACGUUUGGAGGAGAAAAAGGAACGGAGGCAACCCAUUUCCAUUUGGCACCUAACUCUGGUCACUCCCCUGUUACCUCAAAUUCCAUCACAGAUGCAUCACCCCAACCUUCAGAGAAUGUACUCUCACCACAAUCACUUCAGCCUGCUUCUGCAGCACCCAGACUGGCCAAAUCCACCAGAGCAGAUCCGACUACACAAAAGAGAGUUUUAGCUCAGGGCAGCACUAAUACCGAGUCACCGAAGUGGUCCCGUUCUAGGUCUAGUUCCCUCAGCCUUGAUACGAACACAUUAGGACAAGGUCAGGACUAUUUCAGCUCUUUGUUUACUGACUCAAAGAGGAAUGUCCAGCAUCCCGGGCCCUUGGAGAGACUGGGAAGGACACCGUCAGCAGCUGAAGACUCCUCUUCUGCAUCCAGUGCUAUUGGCAACUUAAAAAUUGCAGAAGUUCAUUCAGGUGGUCAUUUUGUGAAGAUCCUUAACUGUUCCCCUGAUAAAGAGGAGGGCAUUGGGGAAUAUACACUCCAGCAAAAUGUCAGCGGCCAUCCAGUAACUCUAUUCAGAUUCCCACCAAGGAUCAGAAUGAAGGCCAAUUCUACUGUAACCGUAUGGACAGCAGAUGCUAAAGUGCUUCAUAAACCUCCAUCAGAUUUUCUUUGGAAGGUGCAAGAUAGGUUUAAAACAGGCCCAGAGUGCACUACCAUUCUUUGUGAACCUAAUGGUCAAGCUGUUGCUUGGUACACACCUAUUCACUGGAACAGAAAGCAAGGAUGGGAAGAGCAAGAAGAUGAUAAAUACCUUAAGAGCAGCAAAAAGCCAAUUAUGCCAACAAAAAUGCAAAGAGAUGAAUGGGAAAAGGAACCAGAGUCUGUGAUAAUUGAUACAGAACAGGAAGGGGCUGUCCAAGGUCAAAAAGAGGAACGAGGACCGGUUUUCAUUAAAAGAGAAAAAAAGAUCCCAGCAACCCUGUUCCCUACUCAGAAUUCUUGGUGCCGAAGUCCAGCUUCUCCGACACAUCCUCAUUUUUCUCUGCUCAGACCAUUAACCAUGGGCAAUGAUGGCAGCAGUCUAUGCAGGCAGUCCAGGUGUCAGUCAGCAAAACCUGACCCAGCACCAGGCACUCUGUAUGCAGGAAGCAGCCGGGGCAGAAACACAGCUACAGGAAGUUUUAAUGGAAAAAGUAGAAGGCUGACCCGGUCAGCAGGGCCUAAUUUAGGUGGAGUGAUGUACGUAGGUUCUCCUGCACCCACUGGCUCUGCUCUACAGAAGUACUUUGUCAAUUCACCUUACAUCUUCAGUCUACCAACCCCGACUUCUUUUACACCCACCACUUUCUCUAACACUUAACACAGGAUCUAUGAAUAGGAGUGUGUGUACGAGGAGGGUGGGGGAGCUCCUUAAUGCUCUGCAGCAAAAAUACUAAUAUGUGGGUCAUUGCUUCAGGGAAUGAGGAGACGAGGUUGUUGAGUGACACUGUAGAAUUUAAAUGUUGUUUCCAUGUAGACUGAUAUGUACCAGAAAGUUUGUUUCACUGACUAUUAUCAUUACAUUUUUAUUGAUUAUAUAUUUGGAAUGACUGAUAAUAGGAUGUAUAUAAUAUGUAAAACAUUAUAGAGAGAGUGUAUACUAUAUAUAAUGUUUUACAUAUUAUUUAUAUAAUCAUUCAGUGUUUUAAGGGGGGGAAAACAUUUAACUACCAAAGCAAAUACCUUUAAAAAAUAACCACCUAUUUUGGUUGCACAGGGGAAAAAGAUGUUUAAAAGUAUCUGCAAUGUAAUAUUUCUUAUACUGUGAUGAUUUAUUUCCCCCCUUUUACACAGCUAUCAAAUCCAGUGGAGGCAGCUGAUAUAUGAAAAUGGGUAGGCAAAGUUGGCCCACAAAGGUGUCCUCAAGGCCAGCAAUGGGUAAUGAUCAUACUAUAAUGGCAUCAAAACAGGGUAGGCAAAACAGGAUAGACUGUGACUGCCCUGGUAAAAAGAUUCCAUUGGUCAAAUCUAUCCCCAGGACAGUAUUCAUGUUAAUUAAAGAUGAGUUUUAGAUGCAAAAGACAGAUCCUAACUUGCUUCAGAUUUGGGAAUGUUAACAUGCUGGCUUUUGAUUCAGCCAAUUACAAGGAUAGGAGUCUGCUUUAAAAUUUUGGAUCCAUAUAUAGAUCCAAAUGUCCUCAAAAUUUGGCAUAUUUGGAUUCAAAUUUAAUUUCAUUUCCAUCUCCAGUGAAAACAGGGAGAAACUUACCCAAAACUUCUUCCACAGACAUCGAUCUCUUAUACUGUUUUAAAAUCUAACCUAAAUUUGGGGAUAUUUUCCCACUGCCUGGAUUAUAAAAUCACAAAUUAUGAAUAUAUUAAUAACUCCCACCAAAAACAGCCUUCCAGAGUCUUUCUCAGUAGCCUGGUGGCAAGAUAUUGCCUGACGUUGAGGAGCAGUGUCUGGUUUCCUGUAAACUAGAUGGUGGAAAAUGAAGGAAGAGUUUGUGAAGUUGGAGGCUGCAUCCCCAGGGGAGCAAUGCUGACCUACCGGCUCUUUAGAUUGUAAUGGUUAAUCUGUGCAAACUGGACACCAAUAAAUUAGGCUUUAAUAAAGACUGGGAGUGGAUGGGUCAUUACACAAAGUAAAAACUAUUUCCCCAUGCUAAUUCCCCCACCACACACUGUUACUCACACCUUCUUGUCAACUGCUUGAAAUGGGCCAUCCUGAUUAUCACUACAAAAAGUUUUUUUCUCCUGCUGAUAAUAGCCCACCUAAUUAAUUGGUCUUGUUACAGUUGGCAACACCCAUUUUUUCAAGUUCUCUGUGUAUAUAUAUCUUCCUACUGUAUUUUCCACUGCAUGCAUCUGAUGAAGUGGGUUUUAGCCCACGAAAGUUUAUGCCCAAAUGAAUGUGUUAGUCUCUAAGGUGCCACAAGUACUCCUCAUUUUUUAAUCAAAGAAGAGAGGUUCACAAGCUGUGAGUUGGGACCCCAAGAGGUGAGGGGAAAGUCAGCUGAAAUUGUCUGGGAUAACGUGAUGAGUUCCCGGUCCCGUUCUUCCUCUGAAGUCAGAUUUUUCUAAGCCACUUGCAUCUGGGUCCUCAGAUUUUACCUCCCUGAGUCUCACAAGGUGGCCUACUUUGAAGGCCCCAGAGAGGAUACCCAGAUGAGUCUGGGAGGAGCAGUUGCAUGGGUGUAAUCCAUGCCUGCUUGGUGUGGCACUUUGUUCCCCUCUAGUGGCAGCUAGCCCAGCUACGGAUUGAUGAGUCUGCUACAGCCUUGGCUAUUAGCCAUGUGGCUUUUAGCUUAUUCAGUAGAGGUUCAUACACUAAGCUUCAGUGGUCCCAGGUUCAAUCCUGCCCACAAAUUACCUGGGUCUGUUGGCAUUAUACAGGGCAGAUGAAGAAAAGUAGCCCAUUGCAGAAUGAAGUCUUGGGCCUCGGAGCCAAAGAGAAUUAAAGAAACCAGUUAUCCAUUUUUCAAGCAUUCAUUGGAUUUCUACUUGAACCUUCACAGGGGUUCUGAGACUGAUUUUUCUCUGUGGCCUUGGGCAAGUCAUUUUAUCCCUCUUUGCCUCUAUUUCCCCAUCUGUAAAACGGGGAUAAUGCUACUUACCCACCUCACAGGGAGUAGGGUGUCUUAAUUAUUUGUUUGUAAAGUAUUUUGAAUGUCAAAAAGUUCUAUAUUAAUUCUAAAGCCCAGCUCAUCCUCUGUUAUCUAUUCAGGGACUGGACCCAAACAGGUCUCCAAGGAUGGGGGGGACUCAAGCAGUUCAAUAGCACUGUCCAUCCCCAGGGACCCUGAGAAGAUGCUUUGUAGGACCAGGAUCCAUGCAGGGGAGAGGAGGGGCGGGGACGGGUUAGGGGAGGAGUUGGUGGCUCAUGACUGUGGUGACACCAGUCAUCCCCUGUCUGACCUUACGGAGAUUCCUGAAAAGGUAACACAGUCCCCAGGCUGUAUAUUAUAUAUUCUAUGGAGUUCCUUUCUCCUGAUAGAACAAUAUAGAGGGAUCUCUGUGACUUGAUGCUCAUGGAAAUUUCUUCUCCUGAGCUCAAUCCCAUGGGUUUUACCUUGGGAGAGAACAAUCUAUCCGAACAUUAUCAGAGAGCCACACCUGUCCCAGGAUUCCCAGCUCCAUAUAACCAAUGAUCUUCAUAGGUUCAUGGCUCACAACCUAUCAGGAAACAGCUAUUUCAUGCCAAUUAACAUUUCUUAUUAUUACCUUUUAUAAACAUUAAACACUGAGUUUGUCCUUGCCAUAGUAAACUCUCUUGCCAGAUGCUGGGAAAUGCUGAGUUGAUGUUGAAAUCAGUGGGAAUUGCAGGUGCUGAGCACCUCUCAGGAUCAGACCCUGUACACUGAGGCAUUGAUGCAUGAAUGCAAUUGGAAAAAAGGACCUAGAGACAGGUUUCCCAUAAUCAUUUUCAAAUAUGAUGCCCAUUUUUGGGAAACUGGCUUAGCUGCUAAUCAAAGAGAACCUGCUCUACUUCUAUAGUGCAGAGCGAGCCACUUGAAUGCUUUGUUAAUUCCACAAAAGACAUCAAGAAAAAGUUUGGUGCCCAGCCUUCAAGUCACAUCUGCUUGCGCUGUACUUUUCAUUAUGCUGUAUUCACAGUCUCUGGUUUGUCUGGCCUUUUUUUGGUCUGUCAAAUUACUACUGUCUUAUGGAAAUCAAUAAACAUAAUUUUAAAAUCUU